AUGGUGUUUGCCUUCCGUUCUGCCGUCUUCUCACGCUUCACGCCGAGUCUUGCUGUAUUCCUUGGCGGUACAACGUUGGGCAUGACACAUUCAAGUAUCGCCCGUGCUGAAGAAAAGCGUGAUCUGCGUGAUCUGGAGUUUGGCGUGCCUCAUGACCGCAAACGCGUGGAUCCGUUCUCACCUUUUUUUCCAUCUGACAAGCACCCGUGUACACACGCAGGCAUGUUUAUUCCUGGGUGUCAUGAGCUUAAAAUCUUCUCUGGUUCUUCGCACUUUGAAUUGGCUGAUGACAUUGCACGACGACUGGGCACGCGGGUGGGCAAGAUCACAUUAGGUCGGUUUGCUGAUGGGGAAGUGCAGGUGCAAGUAGGCGAGAGUGUUCGUGGGAAAGACGUGUACUUGGUACAAAGUCUAGCAAGUCCUGUGAAUGACAAUAUCAUUGAAUUAUUGCUUAUGGUUAGUACCAUGCGUCGUGCUAGUGCUAAAAAGGUGACUGUCGUACUGCCAUACUAUGCAUACAAGCACCAUCGUCGUGCUAAUCCAGCUGCAACAAGUUUAAACUCCAAGUUUAUUCAAAGUCCUGCUGCUGAUAUUGCCAAGAUGUUGGAGGUCAUGGGUGUCGAUCGUGUUAUUGCUGUGGAUAUGCAGAUGCGUGUAGAAGGACAUGAAGCAUGUUUCUUUAGCUCGGAUGUCCCUGUCGAGACCAUUGAGACUAUUAUGGCUGGAGUGGAAUACUUUGCAACGCAGGUGUAUUUACGUCGUCCGCUCGUAGUGAUGGCACCAAAUCCAGAAUGCUUGCGUCGUGCGCGUAUAUUCCAGAAAGGUCUCAACAAGUGGCUACCGGACUCACCUGCGCAGUUUGCUGUCUUCUUUCAUGGUACCGGCAAGAAAGAAACGGGGGAAGAGUCCCACGCUGAUAUUGUGGGCGACGUUAAGGGUGCUGACGUGAUUGUCGUGGACGACCUGAUUGACACGAGCGGAACGCUGUCCAAGCUCACAAACCUUGCACUGAGCAGAGGCGCCCGUAAAGUAUACUGCUUUGCGUCGCACCCAUUGCUGAACGGCGAUGCCGAGCGUUUGAUUGAAGAAUCAAACGUGUCACAGGUGGUUGUCAUGGACACUAUCCCGGCGGAUCCGAAGGCUUUUCAUACUAACAAGCUCAAACGUCUCUCGGUCGCGCCUAUGCUGGCAGAGCUGAUCCAGGCCGAGCACUUCAAGGCACACUCGUACAUUGACAAGGUGAAUUCACGCGAAGACUUUAAGUACGUGCAUCACUAUUAA